AUCAUUCAAAAGAUGAAUCGUUAACCCACUCGUUUCUGGUGCGGAACAAACGUUGCCUCAUUACUCAUUACUAUUCCGUGUUCUGUUGAUAGUUUUCGCCAACCAUUGUUCCCUCACCUCCGCAGAAUGAUUGAGCCCGCUUCACCAUCCUCAGGUCGGGCAAAGCGGCAGAAGAUUGAUAAAAAGGGCCGCAUUUCAGCCUUGGAAAAACUGAAACAGUUGAAAGGAAGCAAGAAUAAGUACGAAAUAGACGCUGUGGAUAAUGUCUAUGAAGAAGUAGAUGAGCAGGAGUACAGUAAAAGAGUUUUACGACGACAAGAUGACGACUGGAUUGUCGAUGAUGAUGGGAGUGGUUAUGUUGAGGAUGGUAGAGACAUAUUUGACGAUGAUUUGGAUAGCGCAAGCAUACAACAUCCCCCAAAAAUAAAAAAAUCGGGACCACGGAAGGAUAAAUCCAGGGUCAAAGACCAAGGGAACAUAAGUAGCAUGCUCAUGGGUAUGUCAGCAAAGAAGGACAGUGAAUAUAAGCUUGACGACGAUGAUAUGCUAAAAGAUCUUAUAGCCGAACUAAGAGAUGCAAAACCAGAAGCCCAGACUCAGAAGAUACGCCAAUCUAACAAAUUCUUAGUUGCACCUAAAGCUAACUUACCGUACACCCAAACAAAACCAGAAACAUCUAAAACAUCUAAGUUUCUCAUCAAUGACGCUGCUGGAAGUCAACAAAUAGACAACAGCAGUGACGAUGAAGAAUUAUUUCAGCAAGAGAGAAACAUCGAGAAGAAAGGCAAUAUAAAACAAUCUGUAACAGAAGAAAAACUUGUACAAGCAACUACCAGUGCUACCCAAGACAUCGACGACACUAGUGAUACCGAAACAGUAACUCAUAGCGAACAGAGUAAGCUACCAGUUGACAAACCUGCAGUACACGAUACCAUUGAACAGACCAUGGGCGGUACUGAGAAAGAUAUCAGCCACAGCAUCAAAGAUCUUUCAUAUUUUGACAUUGAGGACUCAAAGGAAACCAAAGCAUCCGAACAAAUUGUAGAAGAUUUCGAAAUGUUAAAUGAGGUGUGGGAUGAUGCAUUUGGUGAGCAAAUAGCCGAAGUUGAGGUAUCGGUCGAUAAAGGAAAUUUACCACUGCACACAAACGAGAAAGGUGAAAAGGUGUUUAGAUUCUACUAUUGGGACGCGUUUGAAGAUCCCUACAAGCAGCCUGGAAUUGUUUACUUGUUUGGAAAAGUCUUUGUCGAUUCAGCCAAUGCUUUUGUCUCUUGCUGCGUCAGAAUAACAAACGUUGACAGAAGAAUCUAUCUUUUUCCAAGGAAAUAUGUCAAACCUAAAGAUGGUGACUCGGAGUCAGAACCGAAGUUGACCUCAAUGAUGGACGUUUACAAGGAAUUCAACGAGCAUGCCAAUGCAAUUGGUAUCAAGAGUUUUCGCUCUCGUACAGUUACGAAAAGUUAUGCAUUCGAUGUUAAGGAUGUGCCCAAGACGUCCGAGUAUAUGGAAGUCAGAUAUCCAGCCGAAGAUCGAGCGAUAUCAGCUAACUAUAGCGGCGCUGCGAUUGAACAUGUUUUCGGCACAUCUGACAAUGCUUUAGAGUUGCUUCUUAUAGAACAAAGAAUCAAAGGACCGUGCUGGCUGGAUGUAAGAUGUGCGAUCGUGGCCAAAAAUCCUGUUAGUUGGUGUAAGAUUGAGAUAGAUUGCGUAAAGUGUGAUUACAUAUCAUUGACAUUGAAUGCACACGGCACACCACCACCUCCUUUAGUGGUGGCAACUAUAAACGUACAAACAACUUUCAAUACAAAAUCACACCGAAACGAAAUUGCGAUGAUUGGAGUUUUGCUGAAUCAUAAAUAUCAUAUUGAUAAGCCUACACCAAAGCUGCCUUUUAACCAACAUUUCUGCCUGGUCACUCGACCGGAAGAUGCACCAUGGGUCAUGGUUUCUAAAGAUCUACUGCAGAAAAGUGCUCAGACAGAGAUAAUAUAUUGCGACAAUGAGAGAAGCCUGCUGGAAAAGCUAUUGCAUAGACUGGUUACGUGUGAUCCUGACUUGUUGGUCGGCUAUGACACCAAGUUCCAGUUUGACGUUAUGCUGCAUAGAAUGUUCAAUUUAAGGGUCUCAAACUGGAGCAGAGUAGGAAGACUGAGAAGGAGUCUGCCUCCUGUUUUCAAGGGUCAAGUCCUAUUGGGUCAAGUAAUGAGUGGUCGUCUUCUUUGCGAUAUUCAAACCUCUGCUAAGGAAUUGAACUUGAAAGUCAGAAGUUACGAUUUGCCAACACUGUGUACAAACGUUCUGAAGAAAAACGAGGGAGAGUGCAAAGAAGUGAAACCCGAAGAGACUAUCAAAUACUACGCAAGUCUUGAGAAACUCGUUACACUUGUGCAACUGAUCAUGAAAGGUGCAUCAGACAUUGUCACGAUAAUGUUGGAACUAAACGUCAUGCCUCUGGCACUACAAAUCACAUGUCUCGCUGGAAAUGUCCUUUCGAGAACUCUCACGGCUGGUCGAGCGGAAAGAAACGAGUUUCUUUUAUUGCAUGCCUUUUAUGAAAAGGGUUACAUUGCACCGGAUAAACGCGCGAAAACGAACAAAUCAACCGCGAAAGAAGAUGGAAGUGAUGGUAAAAAAAAGGCAGCCUAUACAGGUGGCUUAGUUUUGGAACCUAAAAAAGGGUUCUACGAUACAUUGAUUUUGCUAAUGGACUUCAAUUCGCUCUACCCUAGUAUUAUUCAAGAAUAUAACAUAUGCUUUACCACUAUUGCCGGAGCUGCACACAGUGACGAUACGGAUCCCAGCGUUCCAGAAACAAGCCUUGAGCCUGGCAUCAUACCAACGGAAAUCAAAAAACUGGUCGAGAGUCGUGUCCAAGUGAAAAACCUAAUGAAGACACCCAACAUUUCUCCCGAAUUAAAAUUGCAAUAUAAUACGAGACAAUUGGCUCUGAAACUCACCGCUAAUUCUAUGUACGGUUGCUUGGGGGCUACGUAUUCUCGAUUCUAUGCCAAGAGACUGGCUGCCUUAGUUACAGGUACAUGGUUAUUAAAUUGUCAUGCUUGUAUUACCGGAAAUUUCAUUUCCGGGCUUGUUACCGUUAAUUUAUUUAUUGAUAAUUCUGCGGUUCCUGUCGCGACCAUUUUAGCGAAGGGGCGAGAAAUUUUGGUGAACACGAAAAAUUUGGUAGAGAGUCUAGGUUACCAAGUGAUUUACGGAGACACCGAUUCCAUUAUGAUCAACACCAAUACUUUGGAUUACGAACAGGCAUUCGCGAUUGGUAAAAAAAUCAGACAACAAAUCAACAAGUUAUACCAAAGAGUUGAGCUGGAUAUCGACGGCGUGUUCAGGUACCUCUUAUUACAGCAAAAAAAAAAGUACGCCGCCGUCGUAAUGAAUAAGUUAUCCAAUGGCAAAUUCGAAAUGACUCAGGAGCUCAAGGGUCUCGACAUAGUGAGAAGAGACUGGUGUCAAUUGGCGUGCGAACUUGGAAGAAAUGUGUUAACACAAGUGUUCUGUGAUCAGCCGUUCGAAACAAGGCUAGAAAACAUUUAUAAACUCUUGCAAACUGUUUCAAAAACGCUAAAAGAGGGAAAUGUGCCACUUUCCGCGCUGGUUAUAACAAAACAGUUGUCAAAGGAUCCGGAAAAGUACUCGGACACAAUGCCUAUUCAUGUCAAGGUUGCCCUGCAGCUGAACCAGAGGGGUGGACGUAAGUGGAAAACUGGUGACAUAGUGCCGUACAUAAUCUGCGAGGAUGGGACUAGCAAGUCUGCAUCGGAUAGGGCCUAUCACGUAGACGAGUUGAAGAAUAGCGAGACUUUGAAAGUAGAUGCAAACUACUAUUUGCAGAGUCAACUUUUUCCGGUGAUCAUACGACUGUGCGAACCAAUCGAAGGCAUAGACAAUGUCUUGAUUGCGCAACAUCUAGGGUUGCCGGAAAAGUAUAAAUCCAACCAGUACAACAAGUCCGAAGAUGAUUCACCAGCGAUAGAUGCGAGGAAGUUUAAAUAUUGUACUCCUCUGAAGUUUCUAUGCCUGAACCAAACGUGUCGAACGCCGAUAACCAUGGACGGAGCUUUCACUAGAACGCCUGCCGGAAUAGUACCAAUGUUAUCUAGGUGUCCAAAUAUUGAUUGUAAUAUGGCUCCUUGGCAAUACUGGCAAGCUAUUCAGAAUCGAUUGCAGUUAGCCAUCAGGGAAGCUAUCCAAACAUAUUACGAGGGUUGGAUGGAGUGCGAGGAUCCAGCAUGUUCCAACAGAAUCCGAAGAGUCCCCCAGCAGUUCUUCGGAGGACAUCCAGUGUGCAGUUUGUGUCAAAAGUGCAUCAUGUUCAGAACAUACACGGAAACGCAACUAUACAAUCAGAUGAGCUAUUACCUUUACAUUUUCGAUUUAAAUCAACCGAAGUACGAAAAUCUAGUCUCACAACUUUCAGCCGAUGUGAGGCACGCCUACAAUACAUUGAAGGAAUUUGUCGAAAAGCAACUUCAAAGCAGUGCAUAUGCGAACGUUGAUUUGACACGGGUAUUUUCGUACCUCGAUUCCAACUGGACAAAGACAAAAGUGUUACAAGAUCAGAGAAGGUUGGCGCAUAUAUUGUUCUCUGAUGAACCUCCAAGUCCAAUUCGUUGUACAACCUUGGAUUUCACUUCCGAGUUUCUCGACGGUCAGGAAGACGUGGAUCUUUCCGACUGAUUAUUAAUCGUGACUCUGUAGAAAUGGAAUGUUUCAAUUUUGUUUUCAUCUCAUUACGGUAACCGAAGCACUGUUUUGGAAUCUGACGAUCGCUGAUUAUUGAAAUCGAAUACUAGUAUGGAACCAGUUUCGGUUUAUCGCUGAUUUACAGAGUGUCGAAGAUGUGAUUCGAAGUAAUAUUUAUUGUAGAAACAUAUUUUUUAAAUAGAAAUCGCCUUCUAAACGUAUAACUAGCAUAGUUGUCUAUAAUUUUGUAAGUGAAGAUAUUUUGAAUGAACUAGAAUUUAUAUUUUCAA